AUGUUUAAUCUUAACUCCACCCACUGCGCUGUGUUUGGCCAGGUCCAUCGUGUCUUCUCCAAAGGGCUGGCUGGCCUGGAAGGUACCAUUCAGCAGGGGGACAGCGUCCUGUCCAUCAACGGCAGCAGCUUGGAGGGGAUGUCCCACGUAGAAGCCGUGUCCUGUCUCCACCAGGCUAGACUGUCCACUCAGACCCUGGUGGUCCUUCGCAGGGGAAAGGACAGUGAAGGACAGCUGUCCCCGAGACACCAUGACCUGUACCACUGCACAGGACGAAGCUACUCCCCAGGGUGCAGAGACAACGGGCCUGAAACAGCUAGACCCGUGGUGGAAAUGGGUCCUGAUGGGGCUCUGAGGGUACAGCUCCUGAAGACAUCAGCUGGUCUGGGCUUCAGUCUGGAGGGGGGCAAAGCCUCGGCUCAUGGAGACCGCCCACUCAACAUCAAACGAGUCUUCAAAGGUGGUGCUGCGGAGCUGUCGCGUGUUGUGGACGUGGGGGAUGAGGUACUGGAGGUGAACGGGAGCUCGCUGCAGGGCCUCAUGCAUUACGACGCCUGGAACAUUAUCAAGACUGUCAGCAAAGGCCCCGUGCAGCUUGUCAUCAGGAAACCACGGACCUCUGUAUGACUCAACAGACAUAUCGACUGGACAUACACAGAACUCAUGUGUCAGUCUGGUUGACGUGUAACCUGACAUCCAUAGAAUGGAUAUGUCAGCCUCGUUGACGUACAACGGUGAAACACAGGAUUUCUGUAUGGCCGAUGGACUGGUCAGACAUAUCUUACACAACUCCAAGGUGACAUAUAACUACAAUGGAGAAAUGUCCUUUUAAAAAAAAAAUAUUACAUAUUCUAACGAGGCUUACAGACAUGUUGGGCUAACAUUGCAGGGUUAUUCCCCCCCCUCCCCCUCCCCCCCAGAGUAAAUUUGGUCCGGGAUGGAUCUAUGUCUUAGUGUGCCAAAAGAACAAGAGAGACUUUCACUUGUUUAACUUUUUUACUUUUUUAUGACGUCACCUUGUGAUGGUGUUUUUAAUAUCGCUGACCUACUCAGGCGGUGGUGCUGUGCUGUAGGAGGAUAUUUUGUUAUCUAAGAAGGUGGGUGAAACUUUUAUUCAGUGUACAGUGCAUUCUGGAAAGUAUUCAGACGCCUUGAUUUUUUCCCACGUUUUGUUAUGUUACAGCCUUAC